CUCGGUGUUCGGUUGUUUUUUUUUUUUUAUUCGCUUUCACGCUUCCGUUGCUGACAAAACAAGAACCACGCGCCUUUCAAACAUGACACGCACACUCUCUCUUUAUCUUUAACUGAUGAUGUUUGUAACGCGAGUUAGACACGCGCGGUUGUCGUCGUCAGCUCAAUUCUCCUGAAAGUCCAUUGGCUCAAGCAAAUCAAAACAACGAACAAAGUGCAAAAGCUCUAAAGCCUCUUCGUGCACAUAAGACCUUCACCUCAUCCAGUUCCUUUCUUAGACAAAUAAAAAUAAAAAUUCCAGUUCCUUUCACCAUAGAAAAGUUGGAAAAAGAAUAAAAAGAGAAUCUUUCUUUAAGCUGCUUCUCUCUGUGGAUUUUUAUGGUCUGAUCUCUCCCUAAUUUAGCCAUAUUUCUUACAUGAGUUGUUUCUUGAAUCCAUGGCGCGCCCUAUUUUCUUCUUAGUUUUGUCUCUUUUGUUGAUUCCUUCAACUACCCCUUUUCAAUCCAAUGAACAAGGAUAUAUUUCUGUGCUCUUGUCUGAUAAAGGUAUUGAUUUUGCUAAGGAUAUGCUCAUAAAAAAGGCAGUAUCCUCCAUGAUUCCACUUCAUCUGCCUGACAUAGACAAGUCUGUCAAAAUCCCACUUCUCGGCAAAGUCCAUGUGGUUCUUUCAAACAUCACCAUUAAUAGUGUCCGUAUUGCCUCUUCUUCUGUUGAAACUGGAGAGAUGGGUAUUGUCCUAUUUGCUUCAGGUGCUACAGCGGAUUUGACAAUGAAUUGGAGGUACUCUUAUAAGAAUUGGAUCGUUGUGAUUUCAGAUAAGGGAGAUGCCUCAGUUCAGGUUAAAGAUAUGCAAAUUGGAGUUUCUGUUACUUUGAAAGAACAAGAUGGAACUCUCAGUACGUCUCUCUUGGACUGCGGAUGUUAUGUGAAAGAUAUCUCUAUUAAGUUGGAUGGAGGAGCAUCUUGGCUUUAUCAAGUGGUGGUUGAUGCUUUUGAAGCUCCAAUAGGGUCUGCAGUAGAAAAUGCUAUUUCAAAGAAAAUAAAAGAAGGGAUACUAAAACUUGAUAGCCGAUUGCAAUCACUUCCAAAACAAGUCUCAGUGGAUCAUACAUCUGCUAUGAAUGUUACUUUUGUGGACGACCCUGUGUUGAGAAAUUCUUCAGUUGAAAUUGAUAUUGAUGGUUUAUUCAUGUCGAAGGACAACAUUUUGAUUUCCGGCUAUUACCGUAAAGGAUUGCAUCCUUCUGAUUCCUCAAACUGUGCAGCUAAGAUGGUUGGAAUCUCAUUAUGUGAAAAUGUGUUUAAUACUGCUGCAGUAGUAUACUUCAACGCAGGUUAUAUGCAUUGGAUAGUGGAUAGAUUUCCAAAUCAGUCCCUCUUAAACACUGCAACAUGGAGAUUUAUUUAUCCUCAACUAUACCAGAAGUAUCCGAACGAUCAAAUGAAGCUGAAUAUAUCACUAACUUCUCCACCUCUGAUAAGAGUUGCAGAAACCAACCUUGAUGCGACCAUUUAUCUAGAUGUGACUGUUGACGUUGUGGAUGCUGAUGAAGUUGUUCCGGUUGCAUGUGUCUCAUUGGUAAUAAAUGCUUCGUGUUCUCCACAAAUUUUAAUGAAUAAGCUGGCUGGUAUCCUCAAGUUGAAAAGCUUUACUGUGUCUUAUAAGUGGAGCAAUAUCGGGGACCUGCAUAUGCAUCUGCUUCGGCCGGUAGCUUUCGCAAUUCUGGAAACCAUCUUCCUUCCAUAUGUGAACUUCCGGCUAUUAAAGGGGUUACCUUUGCCAUUUCUUCAUGGAUUUACACUCAAGAAUGCUGCAAUCCAUUACACAAAUUCAAGGAUGAUGAUAUGCAGCAACCUUGUCCUCACACAACAGUACUACAUCAAUUAGCAGUCAACUAGAUGCUUCAGAUAUACAUGUAAAAAAACUUCAUGUGCUCAAAUGUUGUAUUAGCUGUAAGCAGUAAAGCUAUUCAAAUCUGUAAAUAUGGUAAUCAGUUGAAUGUUGUUGAAUUGAAAGGCUAAUGCCUAAAUUGUUUACUAUGAUUAAGAAAAUC